AUGGGGAGAGUGAAGGUUCCCAUUAAGAAGAUUGAAAACAUAACAAACAGGCAAAUUAUAUUCUCUAAAAGGAAGAAUGGUCUCAUCAAAAAAGCUUACGAGCUUUCGGUUCUCUGUGAUGUUGAUGUUGCUCUCAUCACGUUCUCUCCUUCUGGCAGACCAGCUCUCUUCUCUUCCAGCACAAGCUUUGAUGAAAUUCUAGAGCGAUAUAUUAAUCUUCCACCACAAGAACGCCAAAAGAUCUAUAACCAAGAGAACAUGCAGAGGAUGAUUAAUAAAUUGAAAAUUGAAGCAGAACAAAUAUGCCAAGUCCCUAGCCCGGUUAAUUCAGAUUUCCAGCUUGAGAAAAUUCAAAAAGAAUUAUAUAUUUGCAAGUCUCAGUUAGAAGAAAUGGAGAAACGGCUAAGGAUAUUUGAAGGUGAUCCACGUGAGAUCACUACACUUUGUGAGGCUGAAUAUCGCCAGCAUAUUCUUCAGCAAACUCUAGAGCAAGUGCAGUUAAGAAAGGUGGAUCUUGCAAACACGGUAGAUGUAGAUGGAUUAUUUGUUGGCGGGACAUCAAAUAAUUCAGUAGAGUGGCUCCCAGAGGAAGAUUCAAAUGUUGAUAUUCUCAACUUUGUAGAUGCCUAUACUCCUGCUCCUCUUUGGGAUCAACAAUCACAUAGUGCUGUUGUUGACAUGUUAAGCACAAGUUCUACCCUUGAGACUUAUACAAACACCCUUCAACUUCAAAUGAAUCCAGAGAAUAAUAGUUCAGAAGUCUGCACACUAUCUCCUGCGUUUGGACAAGUUAUAGAUAUCAAUGGUUCUUCUUGGGAGCAACUCUAUGAUUUAGGGAAUGGAUCUUUGUCAAUAGCAGAGGCAAGGGAGCAAGAACAACUAAUUGAACAAUAUCUGUCUCAGUUUUCUUCUUCAGACAUCUUAAUAUCCGAUCAACAUCAUCAAAUAUGA